AUGGGUUGCUUCAUCCCCCGAAACCAACUACCUUUCACUCUCCAUUCUAGACUCCUUCACGAGACUGGGACUGGGACUGAGACUGAGACUGAGACCAAAGACCCGUCUUCUCUGUUCCCAGUCAAGAAAUGGGGCCCGAACUCUCGAUUCAGCCGGGAAGGAAACAGGCAAAGCAUCUACGCCCGGGCCAGCUCAUAG